UCUCCUUAUCUGUGUUUUUUAAAAUCAAUCAAACAAAUAGAAACCUCAAAUUGUCAAUUCUCGACUCAAAGAGCAAGAGUUUUAAUUUCAAUUUUCAAUGGCAAUAAAAUUAUCGCUGAUGACUUUGACGUUUGCAAUGUCAUUUUAUAAAUUGACGUAUCGUAGGGAAGGACCUUAUAUCGGAUUCCAUCCAAUACCUAAACUAUAACAACACUACAAACUGUAAAACUCGUAAUAUUUCUGGUAGAAUAUUUUUCUUACAUAAUUAUACGAAUGAAGGAGAAACAGAAAGAAACAAUUUUAUUUUUAUUAUUCCAACUAAGAAUUUCGACGCAAUCGUUUUUAAGUUCUAUGAACUAUCGAGAAUCGAUUAGAUACAUAACCGAUUUUACAUCCCAACUGGUCAAACCUUUCAACAACAUGUCAAAAUAUGCUUGGUUUCUAAUGAUUCCAGUUAAUAUCUAGUUAUUGAUUUAAUAUAAAUCUAUAAAAUAACGUAUACAAAUUUAUUUUCGUGUUAAAGUUAAGUACUGGCGAUCGAUGACUUAUUAUGCAUUUGAAAAUUGCAUUAUCUGUUUUCAAUAUUUAACGUAAUUGUUUUCGUGAGUUCGGUGUCUUCGGAAACGUUUAUAGUGAAUAAUGGAGUUCAGGAAACGAUGUAAAAAUUUCACGGAAAAGGAGAAAUUGCUCCUUCUUAAAGUGGUAAAACAAUACGUCGAUAUAAUCGAUAACAAAAAGACUGACAGUGUUACCGUAAAGGCGAAAAAGCGAGCUUGGGCAGAUCUAACGAAUAAAUUCAACGCUGUUUCUGAAACUGGAUGGAGGAAUGAAAAACAAUUACAUGCUUUGUAUGAUAAUUUAAAGAAAAUAGCUAAAAAGAAUACGAGCAACGAAAAGCCAGAGAAAUAUGAAUCAAAAGAUGGAACUAUUUGUGUUAAUACAAAUACAAUAGAUGAGAAAGUUCUUGAGAUAACUAAAGUUGAUAACUUAACUAUCGAAUUUGAUCCACUGGAAAAUAAUAUUGACACAUCCUCGCUUAACUAUAACUAUGAUACAGAGUCACGUGAUUUUCUUGUAGAAAGCACAGAUAAUGAAGAACCAGCUGAAGUGAAAAGGCGUCGCUCAUCAGUGGCUGUAACACCAGAAAUAAAGAAUUUAACGGAAAUAAAAAAAAAUAGUGUUCGAAAUUUAAGUACAUGUAUAAUAAAAAGGAAAAAAGACAAGCAAAUUAAUGAAGAUGCUUUAACGAAUAAGAAAUUGGAAAUUCUAGAGAUUCAAUAUCAACAGGAGGUUAUGAAAUUAGAGAAAACUAGGAUAUUAUUGGAUCUAGAUAUUGAAUUGAAAAGAGUUAUUUUAGAAAACGCUAAAUUGGAUUUGGAAUUGAAGAAGAAUUCAUGAUAAAUGUGAUUUUAUUAAUAAUAUUGUAAAUAAAUGUAUUUAUUAAGUAAAGAAUUUGUUGUUGAAAGCUUUACAAGCUUCGGUGGCUUAGUGGUUUGAACACUUGACUUGUAAUCUACAGUUCUUGGGUUCAAACCCACUGUACCAUAUGAUUUUCGCUUUUUCAAAUUUUUAGAUGUACAUAAUUUACCCGACGUUCUUACGGUGAAAGAAAACAUCGUGAUGCAAAUCGGU